UCUUCUUCUGCAGUUCAUUAAGGGACUAUGCUUUUUUAUGAAGGCCUUUAUAUGAUCGAAGGCUUUGAAAGACUGUAUGUCACAUGGUACUUAAUGCAUUCUCAUCAUUGAAACCACCCUUCCUCUCCUAUCUUGGUUUGACAUUUAUCCUAAGAUGUCAGUGCAAGCAAACAGAUGUCAAUGUGUUUUUCCUUUUUUUAAGAUAAUAUAUUGCUGUUUUGUUGAAAAUUUGUUCAUUUUGUAAAGUGUUUUUUGUUUUACAGUUAAAUUGUUGUUGUUUUUUAACUUUAGAUUAAGAGUUAUAGACCUCCAGAUCAAUGUUCCUUGGAGAAUAUAAUUACAUUUGUAUUGAUUAUUUCAACACCAUAUUCAGAGCUAGAGCCAUUCUUUUCAAUUGUGUAAUCGGGCAAAGGGUUGCCUUAAUGUCGUUGUGUACCAUGGAGUUGCUACCAUGUGAGACUAUGUGAGAUAAUGUACUUUUUGAGAUCAUAAAAAAAAAAGGUUGGGGUUCCUCGUUUUUUUUUUAUUUGACUUAUUUACUUAGUUUUAAUUAAUUACCUGAAGUUUAAAAAAUUGACGUAUGACGCAUGCAUGAUUCACCUCUCUGUGUCUCAAAUAGCCAUGUGAGGAACCACUUUCCUGAGCUGUCUAUUCUUAUAGAGAAGUGAAUAGUUGCUUGUACAGCACUUUGUUUUUCUUUUCAUGCAGACUCCACAGUCAGCACAUACACUUACAGCAUGAGCGAUUCGACGGAGCUGUCUUCUUCAGAGGAAAUGGCCCCUGAGGAGUUUGAUGGCGGGACGGUAGUUGCGUGUGUGAUCCUGGGCCUGUCAUUCCUGAUAGGAGCUCCGGGGAACCUGCUGGUGAUCUGGACUAUCCUAAGACAUGUCAAGCAGCGCUCCCACACUGUGCUGCUCAUCCUGCACCUGGCUGUUGCUGACCUACUGGUCCUCAUCACCCUGCCUCUUUGGAUCUACUCCCUGGCCCACUACUGGGUGUUUGGAGAAGCCUUCUGCAAAGCCAUGGUGUUCAUGAUCAACGCCUGUAUUUAUAGCAGCGUUUUCUUCAUUACUGUCAUGAGUGUGGAGCGCUUUGUGGCUGUGCGCUACCCGUUUGCCUCAGCUGGCUGGAAGAGAAACAAAGCUUUGGAUAAAGUUCUGCUGGCUCUGUGGACUGCAGCAUUCUUGUUUAGCAUACCUGUCAUCCCAACUCAGGUGGUAGAGAAAGAUUUUGGGGAAGAGCACUGUCUGUUCCGGAGUUACACUUCUGUGGCCCAGGAGCUGGUGUGUGUGCUUCUGGAGACACUCGUCGGCUACAUUAUACCCUUGUUCAUUCUUUUGGUCUGCUAUGGCUGUCUGUGCAGCCGGAUUACACAGAUGACCUUCAAGUCCAAGCGCAAGUCCACAGUCCUGAUUGCCAGUAUCGUGGUUGUGUUUGCCAUUUGUUGGACGCCUCAUCACAUAGGAAAUGUCCUUUCAAUCAUCAUCCUGGCCAUUGAAGACUCCCUACCUGAGGCAGCAAAGAAUCUAGAGAGCGUAAGGAAAGCCAUGGCCUUCAUUGCUGGAGCCAUGGUCUUCAUCAGCAGCACUGUUAACCCCAUCCUCUACAUGUUCGCGGCUCACUCCUUCAGGAGCUCCCUGCGUGACACCGGUAUCCAGAAGCUCUUCCGCCAUAUCUCCAGCACCUCCCCAGGUGAGGGCACUAAAGAAUUGUCCUUUGUGUCCAAAAGACAGAGCAACCAAAUCAACAGUUCUGAAUGUGUGUCUGAGUCAAAAGACCAAAUGGACAUAAACAUGUGUGAAAAUAAUCCAUCCUGUUAUUUAAAUUUGAUGUAGUGUCUGUGCCGUGUGUAUAUUCAUGUGUGUAUUCAAAAUGUAUUUUUGUUAACAAAUAAAGGGGAUUUUGUCUGUGAUUUAACUUAUUGUGUAGGAAAUUACAACACAGACAAACAGGAAGUGGAAGUGUAUCUGUGCAAUACUUGUUCAAAUCUGUAAAUUACCUUUUUUAAACGUUGUUCAUUUCUUUUUUAAUUGUGAACAUAUAUUUAUAAACAUGUCCCGUAUUGUAUACUUAAAUGUUUGCGAUAUAGUUUUCAAAAAUUGCAAAAUAAAUGAUUCUAUAAGCAAUA